UAUUCUACGAGUAUUAACCCAAGUGAAAAAAGAGUAUACGACAAAAAGGGAAAAGAAGUUAUGAGUACUAAGAAAGGUAGAAAAGGACCGAUGGAUCUAUAUAUGCUUCAAGGAUCCCAGAAACAACAAGGGCAAGCAGGAGGCUCAAAAUUGAGACAAACAAAUAUAAGUGAUGCUUGUGAUAAAGAAAUAAGAGGAAGAACAAUUCAGCACAUUGCUCGCUUCUUUUAUCAGGCUGGUCUUCCCCUUAGUACAACUCGUUUAGACAGUUUUAAGGAUAUGAUUGAAGCUAUUGGAAGAUAUGGUGCAGGAUUAAAACCUCCAAGUUAUUAUGAGAUGCGAGUUCCAUUGCUGCAAAAAGAGUUGAAUUAUACAAAUGACUUACUAAAGGGUCAUAAAGAAUCAUGGGCAACACGUGGUUGCUCUAUUAUGUCAGAUGUUUGGACUGACAGGAGGCGCAGGAGUAUAAUUAAUUUUAUGGUUAAUUGUUCUUUGGGGACUAUGUUUGUGAAGUCAAUAGAUGCUUCAUCUUUUGUAAAAUCUGGAGACAAGAUAUAUGAUUUACUUGACAACUUCGUGGAAGAAAUUGGAGAACAAAAUAUCGUUCAAAUCAUAACCGACAAUGGAAGCAACUAUGUUUUAGCUGGUAAAUUGCUUGAAUCAAAAAGACAACACUUGUAUUGGACUCCAUGUGCAGCACAUUGUAUUGAUUUAAUGUUGGAAGAUAUUGGAAAGAUCUUAGAAAUCAAGAAAACCUUAGAAAGGGCAAUUUUUGUUGUUGGAUUUCUUUAUAAUCACAUUGGGGCUUUGAAUAUGAUGAGAGAAUUUACAGGGAAUAAAGAAUUAGUGAGACAUGGUGUUACCCGAUUUGCUACUUCAUUCUUGACAUUACAGAGCGUGCAUCGUCAAAAACAUACUCUGAGAAAUAUGUUUACCUCUGAGAAAUGGGUGACAAGCAAAUGGGCAAAAGAAGCAAAAGGCAAGAGGGCUGCUGAUAUCAUCUUAAUGCCAUCCUUUUGGAAUCAUGUAGUUUAUAUAUUAAAGGUAAUGGGCCCUCUUGUUCGAGUCCUUCGGUUGGUGGAUAAUGAAAAUAAGCCUGCAAUGGGAUAUAUUUAUGAGGCUAUGGAUAGAGCAAAGGAGACGAUUAAAAGAUCUUUUAAUGAAAAUGAAGAAAAAUAUGAGAAAAUUUUUACAAUCAUUGACGAAAGAUGGAAUUGUCAACUUCAUCGUCCCUUACAUGCAGCAGGAUAUUAUUUGAACCCUGAAUUCUUUUAUAAGAUUAAAUCUGUUGGAUUUGAUGCAGAAGUUUUGAGUGGGUUAUAUCAGUGUGUUGCAAGAUUAGUUCCCAGCAUUGAGGUUCAAGAUAAGAUUAUUCAUGAAUUAUCUUUAUAUAAAAAUGCUGAAGGUCUUUUUGGAAUUCCAAUUGCCGUUCGAUCCAGGACAACUACCUCUCCAGCUGAAUGGUGGAGUCUAUUUGGAAAUUCCACCCCGAACUUACAGAAAUUUGCUAUCAAAGUACUUAGUUUGACAUGUAGUGCUUCGGGUUGUGAGCGAAACUGGAGUGUCUAUGAGCAUGUAAGUAUUACUAAAUAUUUUUAUUUUAAUUAAUUUAUUUAUUUAGAUAUAUGUAUUAAUAUAUUUUUAAAUUAUAUGACAUGACAGAUUCACUCGAAGAGAAGAAAUCGGUUAGAACAUCAACGAUUGCACGAUCUUGUUUACAUAAAGUAUAAUCAAGCUUUGAAGACUCGUCAUGAUUUGAAAAAUAGAUUUGAUUCAAUCUCAUUGCAAGAUAUUGAUGAUUCAAAUGAGUGGUUAGUAGGAGAAAUGGGUGCUAACUUGCAAGAUGCUGAAGACGAGCUUGUAUUUGAAGAUGAUAGAUUGACGUGGGGAGAUGUGGCAAGAGCUUCAGGUGCUGGAGAAUUACAAACAUAUACAAGACAGAUGUCAAAGAGAAAAAUGAGUGCAAAAGCAUCAAGCUCGGCUCCUGCUAUUGUUGAAGACAUAGAGAAUGAAACAUAUCUUGAUGAAGAGGAAGGAAUCGAAGAACAAGAGGAAGAAGACGAAUUCAAUGAAGAUGAUUUGUGUGAAAAUGACGAUAAUAUUGAUUAUGAUGAAUGACUUUGAUGUAAAAUUUUAAUGUUUUGAAUUUUGAAACUUUUUGUUAAUGUGACAUUGUGAUUUUGUAUCUUAGAUUUUCUUAAUUUAAUAGCAUAUUUUUAUUUAAAAUUUUAAAUAAUUAUAUUUAUUAAUUAUAUUAUAUAUUUUUAUAUUUUAGCGCCUCGCUUCGCUCGGGUGAGCGCCUGGGCGAGCGCCUAGCGCCUCGGGCGUUUUUGGACCUUGGCGCCUUUUGGCGCCUAGCGCUUUUUAAAUCACUGGUCAAAACAAAAGUUUACUGCUUAUAUUAUGGACUAUCUUGCAUCAUUCAGAAACCUCAUGUGUUGCCUCUCUCAAAUUCCCCCCUUCCUGCAAAAAAAACACAGAAUGUAUGUUGAAAUUUUGGAUUUAUCGAUGUGUACAUCGAUCUGAAUCGAUUGUGUUGGUGUCAUCAUUGACAUAAGAC